GUCAUAAACUAGAUAUAAAGGCACCACAGGUGUGUGGUGGGACCCUCCAGGAUCAUAUAGGAGGUUUGUGGGGACGUUGAUCCGGUGCUGGGAGUCCUGGAGCAGCAGCAGAGCGGGGCUGCAGCAGGCAGGGGCUCCGGGGGGCUGCUGGCUGCAGCAUGCCUGCGCCUCUCCGCCGCAGCCGAGCAGCCCGCAGCCCGGUCCCGGUCCUGGUCCGGCUCCAGCACCAGCAAACUUUUCUGUACAUUUUCACGUCACCUGGACGCCGAACAUAAAUUUGGCAUCCUAUGCAAAUAUAUGCUGACGUAAAAGAUCAUGUGGUUUUUGUCGUCGAUCCCCCCUAUGAGCAACGAGGAGGUGUUUUUUUUUUCUGCUCUCUACUGUUGUCUUUAGGUUAGCUAUGCUACAGUCUUUACUGUACCCAGCGCUAGCUAUAUGCGCCCCGCGCCGCUCCACUCUGGAUAUCUGGGAAUAAUCAGGUCCAGGCGGUCGCACCCUGCACCCAGAGACCCUCACAGGCUGCCUAGCCGCCUGGCUGGCUGUGUGUCCGGGCUGCUGCUGCUGCUAGCGCCGCUCCAUCCGCCUCGGAGCUCCGGAGCCUCGGAGCGGGGAUCACCCUGCUCCCAGCCGGCAGACCUGCACCUCAAACUGGGGUCCGAACAGUGAGACACCUGGCUGCCAGAUUCCACAGGAGAUUACCCAGAGUGCAGCUGGCCUGAGGAGCAUCCAGAGGAGCGAGGACGAGGAGGAUCGAGGCGCCGUGAUUGGAGGAGGAGGAGGAGCCCCCUCUUCGCCUCCCGUGAAGCCCCGCCCCCUCUGAGGAAGUGCACUUGAGAGCCGCUGCUGUCUGUGAUGCCCUCCCAUGACGCCCCGGUCGGUAGCUGACACUGCCAGUGAGCGGGAGACGCCACUGCACAACCGGUCCUGGGCCCGCAUCGUCAGCCGGUUCUCGCCCUCCCUCUUGCACGCUGGAGACUUCAGCUCCGCCCGCCUACCAGUAUCCACAACCAUCAGCUCCACCGAUCCACCCCAGUGAAGCCCUUUCAAAAACAGACACGCUGACGUCCUCAGCGAGCACCAGCAGCAGCAGCAGCAGCCAAAAACCACAGUAUCUUCAACGCAACCAGCAGCACCAGCACCACCAUCGUAACCACCACCACCACCACCAGCAGCAGCAACCAUGUCCAGUCGUAGAAAGUCCUCUAACCCCUGCAUGGUCCGGGUCGUCAGCGACAUGCCCGAGGAGCAAGACGACCCCGAGGAGGUGAUGGACGUGGAAGUAUCGGCGGACAAUGAUGCAACAGAAAAAGAACAAUCAGAAGCUUGUGAAUCUGCAGAAGAGAAGAGUCAAGACCCCCAGCAGGAGAAGACAGAGAAUCCAGACCAGCAGACGGUUCCAAAACCAGUGGAGAACCAGAAUCCUGAGCCAUUAGAACAAAAAGAGCAGCCGGGUGAAACAGAACAACCCCCCGUCAUCGAAGACGUAGAAGCCACGGAGGAGAAGGACCGGGACGGGGGCGACUCCGACCCGGCGUCUCAGAAAAAGCAGCCCAGAGGCUACGAGUGCAAAUACUGCCCGUUUUCGACGCAGAACCUGAAUGACUUCAAGGAGCACGUGGACUCGAGCCACCCGAACGUCAUUCUCAACCCGUUGUACCUCUGCGCCGUCUGCAACUUCAACACCAAGAAGUUUGACUCUCUCACAGAGCACAACGAAAGCCAGCACCCGGGCGAGACGAACUUCAAGUUCAAGAGGAUAAAAAUGAACAAUCAGACUAUCUUAGAGCAGACAAUCGAAGGCAAGGACAAUUCAGUCGAGUGCGGCGUGACAAACGAGCAGGGUGAAAGCAACAGCAGCUCUGUGUUCCCGCCCUGCAUAUCGACCACGGUGAAGACCCCGGACAGCAUCCAGUCGCUCUACAAAGGGAGCGAACCGAAAAGCCAGCGGGACGGCCUGAUCCAGAAGAAUCAAAUCACAGCAGUGAACAUCAACGGAACGGUCAUCAUCCCCGAACCCACCAUCCUCCAAGGGCUCUCCCAUGUCACCCCGAUGCUCCAGCGCCCGCCCAACUUUAACUCUGUACCAAAAAUAGCUGUUCCCUUGAACACCACCAAAUAUAACCCUUCCCUAGACGACAACUUGACGUUGAUCACCUCCUUUAACAAGUUCCCUUACCCGACGCACGCCGAGCUGUCUUGGCUGACGGCUGCCUCCAAGCACCCGGAGGACCAGAUCAAAGUCUGGUUCACCACCCAGCGGCUGAAGCAAGGCAUCACCUGGUCCCCGGAGGAGGUGGAGGAAGCCAGGAAGAAGAUGUUCAACGGCUCCAUCCCUCCUGCACAUCACACGUUCACCGUCCUGCCUACCGUCUCUCAACCGUCUGCCAAAUCCCAGCAGUCCUUUGUCCACACCACCGUCGGGCACACAAGUUACGUCCGGACGACCGCGUCCAAUGGGUUCAGUGUCGUCGGCACCACAAACUCUCAUGCUGGCCCCAGCCCCGCCCUUAAACGAUCCCUGCCGACUCACCUGACGACGGUGUUCGGCCCCGAGUCCAAGCGGCCCAUCAUGGCCGUCGCCCCCCAUUCCGGCGACGCCAAAGACAGGGGCCUCAUGGCUCCCCCGCCCCCUCCUCCCCCGAAAGACCGCCUCCCAAUGGCCCCGCCUCCCGUCCCGACGGAGAUGAAGAGAUCUGUAGCAGCUCCUUUGGUCACCACGGAGAUGAAGAGGCUUUCCGCUACUGUGCCUUUAAUGCCACCGCCAUCGUCGUCGUCAUCACCGUGUUUGUCGUCCAAAGGGAAGAUUCUCUCUGCGUUAGGAAACCCCAAAACGAAGCCGGUGGUGUCGCUGCACUCCAUAGUCUUUCCAGAGUCUUUAACGAGGCCACUGAUAGUCCCGCCGCCUAUCUUUGCCCCGCCGUUCAAAAACUCGCUGCAUUAUCCGCUCUCUACGCCUAUCACUUCCAAAGAAAAGCACCCGAAUACCCACUCUUUGCCGGCUGCCGAUCUGAAGCUGCCAACCUCCCCGCCGCUUAUCACCCCGCAGAUGAGGAGGCCACCUAUUAUCCAGUCCAUCCACGGUCUGGCGAAAGCCCCCACCCAGAUCCCCGGGUACCCCUUGGACAGCAAGAAACUAAAAGAGCAGCAAGGAGUGGAGGUGAAAGCCAGCUACCCCAGAGGAGAUAAGGUACUCACUCCUCUGCUGGAGGCCAACGGGACGUCUCGCACGGACGGCAAAUGGUCCCACAAUCAAAAUCAAUCACUUGCUCACAACAACGGAGUCGUACAUUUGGACGGUUGCGACCCGUUGGCGGCGUUGAAACCAGACUUUCAUCAGAAGUCCUCGGUGCUGACGCAGUUCCCCUUGCUGGAGAGGAUGAAGGGAAAGACGGCGGAACAGCUAAAGAUCUUGGAGGAGAACUUCUUGAGGAACAGCUUCCCGACACUCAGCGACGUGGACAAUCUGGCGGGCAGCACCCGCCUGUCUCACCAGGAGAUCGACAGUUGGUUUGUGGAGCGCCGUGCACUACGUGACAACCUGGAACAAGCCCUCCUCAACUCCAUGGGCACCAAGAGGAUGGACGCAGGUGGCAUCGCUGCCAUCGCCAAGAAACGACAGCAGCAGCACGAAACUCUGCAGCUGAACGGGAUUCACAAACCGAGCAGUGGUGUGGGCCAUCUGAAGAACCCUCUGGCGCCCUUGCACUCCCUGCCCAUCAUCGCCCCCUCCAUCCCCAACAUGAACUCCUGCUCAGUGCCUCCAGACAGCCGAUCCAUGGCGCUCCUCAAGGACGAUUUUGCUCAAACGCGGUGGCCUUCCCCUGAGGAGUUCAGCCAACUGGAGGGUCGGACGGGACGCGCCGAGCUCGCCCGCUGGUUCACCGACAGCCGGCUGCAGAGCGGCAGCAUGGAGCUGACGGAACUUUUUCACAACAACGGAGUGAACGGAGGGCAGGGGCUCCCGCCCGUCUGCUCGCCCAAAAACACUCCCCCCAGCAUCCUCCAGCGCUGUCAGGAUGGAGCCCUAACAAACAACAACAACAACAACAGCAGUAAGGUGUUGGAGGUGGAGUUGGGCUGGCUGAUGGAGCAGCGCGCCAACAGCCUCAGCAGUCACGAGGAGCUCCAAGACCGGUUUGCUGGCAGACUGAGGCAGCAGACGGCGGCGGAGCUGAAGAACGGCGGGCAGAACGGCGGCGUGAUGGGCGGAGCGCGGGAGGUGUUCGGCAGCUGGCUGGACGACGGACACUCGAGGAGAGGACGGGAGCUGCUGCUGGAGCGGGACAGGAAGCUGACGGAGGACACGUCUGGGAGGCUGACUGGAUAGACGGUGCGAAUAGGAUUUGCCGCCAUCGCCGCCACCGCUGCUGCUGGAAACAUACAGGAGGAAAAAAGAAAAACGAGGUGGACGGAGAACGGAGCAACAAAAAAGAAGAGUUUUUUUUUGUUCAGUUUUUUAAUUAUCAAGAUAUUUUUUUCUUUUAUUUUUUACCGAUUUUUAUCUCUUGAUUGUCGCGUCACGCACGACGACAAACAUCCUCCUCCGGGUUUUAAUCUCGUCAGCGCUCUCGACCCGCAGCGACCCCGCUCCGCAACAAUAAAAGCAUGAGUUUAUUUUAUUUUGGCGGGGCCUAAACCCGCUCAAAAUUGAGUGCGAGGAGAAAUUCAGGCUCACGACCUGUGAAGAUAAUUGAAACUGGCCUCCCUCACGGAGAGAAUGGGAAAUUGGUGCUUUUUCUGUUUAUCUUUCUCUCAGUAAUGUGAUUUUUUUUUACAGUAAUAUCACAUUUCAGGAGCUAAUCUUCAUAUGCAAGCUGCAGCUCAGCGCACAAACACCUUCAGAGACGCUGCUGUAAACAGCAGGUGCAGCUUUCUCUGCAGUCGGACGCAAAAGAAACACAAACUUCCACACAAAAGAGGUCGACGAGUCUGAAUCAGCAAGAAAAUCAAGUUUAUUUUAUAGCACAUUUAAAGACAAGUUUAAAAAAAACACCAACAAGACGCUAAAAGACAAAGGAAAUGAAAGUCAGUGGUAUAAAAUGUGCACAAAGACAAAACAAGAUAUUAUAAGAUUCAUUAAAAGGAUAAAAAACCAAUAAUAAAAGAGUUCAUUCUUCACUUUAAAGAGGAAUCAUCCAGCUUCUUCCAAUCACGUGAUCUUCAUCAGUUUUACAGUGUAAUAAACUGUAAAAACUGUGUCUUUUUCCACAGUUUGUGUUACUAGAAGCUCCAGAUACCCAAAUGUCUGAGCACAAGCAGAGAAAAAGUGAGUUUUUUUCAUGAUAUGUCACCUUUAAGAAACUUUAUGGACCAAUUUUCUGGCAAAGUCCAACAAAAAGUCCAACAAGAGGAUCAAUCACAGAAGUAAACUUCAUAAAAAGCCUUUUAAAGGAACCCAAAGGUGCUUUAAAUGGUGCAUAACUAAAAAAAAAUGGGCACCAUUUUUUAAACCAAAGUGAUAGAGUGCUGUAUACAAUGCAAACAUGGAGACUUAAAAUCAGGAAAUAACAAUAUAAAAGUGAUUAAAAACAGUAAAUAACUAAUAGAAGUGCAAAUACAAUCAAUGUAACAUUUAAAAAAUAAGUGAAACAUAAGUUAAAUAAUAAGUUUCGAUGUAAAAAUAUGAGUUUUUAGCAUCUUUUUCAAAAUAUCAACUGACUGCAUUUUUUAUAAAAUGUUUCGGAAACAAAACUACUUGGUUGGAGUUCGGAAAAGAUCGUGGCAGACGCCAAAAAUGACACAUACUUUGUCGCACAUUAAAAAUUCUUAGAUGCACGCGUUCACCGACUUCAGCUGAAUUUUGUGAUAUAGGCCACGCCCAUUUCCGCCAAGAAUUUAUUUUAUCGCAUAAUUGCGAAAAAAAAGCUAAAUCUACUUUUCCGAACUGCGCCAAAGGAGUUCAAUCUGCACGAAACUUUGCACACAGAAUCUGUUGUACUGAAUGAUAGAAAGUUCUUCAAGGAAUUGUUAUAAUGCAAAAAAAAAUAUGCAAAAAAAACUAGAUGGCGCUUUUUUGCAAAAUCAAUUAAAAAAACUGUAAAACUGUGCCUCUUUUCAUAGUUUGACAGAUGUCCACCAGCAGAUGGCGCUAUAAUCAAGUCGUGAGUGUUUUGGCCCGAAACUCCUGUAUACUUUGUUGCACAUUAAAACUUAUUACAUGCACAAAUUCACUUAGUUCAGCUGAAUUUUGUGAUAUAGGCCACGCCCAUUUCUGAGAAUUUAUUUCAUCGCAAAAUCCCGAAAAAAGCUAAAUCUACUUUUCUGAACUCAUUAAAUGCGCAAAGUACAAGCUGCAUGAUAUUUUGCACCUAAUAUCUGUGCUACUGACUGGUAAAAAAAAGUUGUUCAAGGAAUUGUUAUAAUGCAAAAAAAAUAUGCAAAAAACGGCCUCUAGGUAGCGCUUUUUUUGCAGAAUUGUUAAAAAUGCAUUUUUCGAGGUGACACUUUUAAAAGAAGUUGGAAAAUUUACCAAACUCCCUUUUUCCAGCUCAUUUUAGUAUGUCAGUCCAAUCGGCAUCCACUUUUAAACAUUGUGCAUUUCCGCCAAGAAUUUAUUUUAUCGCAAAAUCCCGAAAAAAGCCAAGUCUACUUUUCCGAACUCCUUAAAUGUGCAAAGUACAAUCUGCAUGAAAUUUUGCACACAAUAUCUGUGCAAUUGACGGAUAAAAAGUUGUCCAAGGAAUUGUUAUAAUACAAAAAAAAUGCAAAAACGGCCUCUAGAUGGCGCUUUUUUGCAGAAUUGAUAAAAAUGCAUUUUUCUCGGUGACUCUUUUAAAAGAAGUUGUAAAAUUCACCAAAUUACAUCAGUCCAAUCUGCAUUCACUGCUGCACGUCUCGCAGAUCUUAUUUUAAUUAUCAUCUCCCAGAUAAUGACCUCAUCUCGUCGUGUCCUUUUCUUCUUCUGUGGUUUUUAAGGCGCCGACUGUAGAUUCAGCUCCACCGGCUGUUUUAAUGAACUCAUAUUAACAUGACAGUGGAGGGUUAAUUUAAAAAGUUUUUUUUGCUAAAUUUGGGGCUGAGCGACCCUUUAAAGAAAAUAACUUCCCUUUAAAAAAGAAGGAUUUGUUAUUGAUAAAAAGAAUUCCCUUUAACAGAUCCAACAUUCCCUUUAAACGAGGGUUUGACUGAUGAUCAAAUAGAUUUUUUUCUGAACUUUCCCUUUAAUGAGAAGAAAAGAAAAACCAGUUUGUCGUGAAAUAAAAACCUGAACUUCUCCUUUAAGUCGCUCUCGUGAGACGGGGAUUAGCGGGUCGUGAACUCUGGACUGGACGGAUGUUUGCGGCUGAGGUGAUGUUGUGCGUGAGGAGGAGGAGCAGGAGGAAGAGGAGGAGCAGGAGGAGCAGGAGGAGGUGAACCGGAGCACUGAAUGUGUGCCUGCAGCAGCAGUCUGACUGUACACACCGACCGACCGACAAACCGACCGACCAACCGACAGACAGACAGACAGGGUGGAUUUAAAAACAAACAAACAAACAAGAAAAAAACAACAACAACAACGACAACAAACAAACAAACAAAAACGCCGUGUGCCAAAGCUGGGAUCUGCUGCAUUCUCACUACACUUUUGAAAAAAAAAAAAGGGUUCUUCUUCUUCUUCUUCUUCUUCUUGUAAAUAGGAUAUAUAUGUUUGUUUGUUUGUUUGUUUGUUUGUUUGUUUCUCCUGUAUUGCUACAGAUUUGUAAAAUUUUGCGGAUAAAAAAUUUUGUUACAUUUUUGUAAAAUGGGAGCAAAACGUCCCCCCGAAACCUCCUGAAUCUUUUUUUUUUAAACCUCUCUCUCUCUCUCUUGGUUUCUCUUCUUUUUCUUUUAUUUGUUGAUGGACUUUUAAAAAAAAAACAAAAAAACGGUGCCAGCAGUGGAAUGUGUGCGUGCAACGUUUUUUUUUGUUGUUUUUUUUUUUUUACUUUUUUUUUGUUUUUUUCCUCCGUCUCUCUUUCUCUUUUUGUACUGAACCGGAGUGGAACCACUACAAAAAAACACACACACAGAAAAAAAAAAAAAAAGACGGACCAGUUGGCAAUACUUCAGUCACUUCUUCUUCAUCUCACCGGCACUGGACUUCCGCCCGCCACUUCCCCGCUGAGAGGAGAGGAGAGGUGGGAGGAGGAGGAGGAGGAGGAGGAGG